AGAGGCAUCCACAAUUACACGGGGAAUGUUUUCCUAGAGAUGUCAGCCUACAAAGGACACAAUCUCUCUUCUUCAAAUUCCUCCCCAAAAUGUCCUUUCCCAACAGCUCUCCUGCUGCUAAUACUUUUUUAGUAGAUUCCUUGAUCAGUGCCUGCAGGAGUGACAGUUUUUAUUCGAGCAGCGCCAGCAUGUACAUGCCACCACCUAGCGCAGACAUGGGGACCUAUGGAAUGCAAACCUGUGGACUGCUCCCGUCUCUGGCCAAAAGAGAAGUGAACCACCAAAAUAUGGGUAUGAAUGUGCAUCCUUAUAUACCUCAAGUAGACAGUUGGACAGACCCGAACAGAUCUUGUCGAAUAGAGCAACCUGUUACACAGCAAGUCCCCACUUGCUCCUUCACCACCAACAUUAAGGAAGAAUCCAAUUGCUGCAUGUAUUCUGAUAAGCGCAACAAACUCAUUUCUGCUGAGGUCCCUUCGUACCAGAGGCUGGUCCCUGAGUCCUGUCCCGUUGAGAACCCCGAGGUUCCUGUCCCUGGAUAUUUUAGACUGAGUCAGACCUACGCCACCGGGAAAACCCAAGAGUACAAUAACAGCCCCGAAGGCAGCUCCACAGUCAUGCUCCAGCUCAACCCUCGCGGCGCGGCCAAGCCGCAGCUCUCGGCCGCCCAGCUGCAGAUGGAAAAGAAGAUGAACGAGCCAGCGAGUGGCCAGGAGCCCACCAAAGUCUCCCAGGUGGAGAGCCCUGAAGCCAAGGGCGGUCUUCCGGAAGAGAGGAGCUGCCUGGCAGAGGUCUCCGUGUCCAGUCCCGAAGUACAGGAGAAGGAAAGCAAAGAGGAAAUCAAGUCUGAUACUCCAACCAGCAAUUGGCUCACUGCAAAGAGUGGCAGAAAGAAGAGGUGCCCUUACACUAAGCACCAAACGCUGGAAUUAGAAAAAGAGUUCUUGUUCAAUAUGUACCUCACCCGCGAGCGCCGCCUAGAGAUCAGUAAGAGCGUUAACCUCACCGACAGGCAGGUCAAGAUUUGGUUUCAAAACCGCCGAAUGAAACUCAAGAAGAUGAGCCGAGAGAACCGGAUCCGAGAACUGACCGCCAACCUCACCUUCUCUUAGGUCCGAGGCCUGUCAGAGGCUAGGAUCGGAGACGGGCGCCGAGUUCCAGGGCCGAGUGCUGGAGGACUGGGAAGGCGGAAACAAAACCUUCAAUGCUCUUUGUUUUUUGAAUUUUUUUUUUUCCUGCUAGAAUGUGACUUUGGGGUCAUUCUGUUCGUGCUGCAAGUGAUCUGUAAUCCCUAUGAGUAUAUAUAUAUAUAUAUAUAUAAAAAACUAGCACGUGUAAUUUAUUAUUUUUUUUCAUCGUAAUGCAGGGUAACUAUUACUGCGCAUUUUCAUUUGGCUCUUAACUUAUUGGAACUGUAGAGCAUCCAUCAAUCCACUCGUCCAUCCAGCAAUGUGACUUUUUCAUGUUUUUCCUAACACAAAAGGUCUGUGUGUGUGGUUAGUCCAUGAGCUCAUGGCGUUUUGAAUACAUCCAGUACUUAAAAGUACUUAAAUUACAUAUAUAUUUAAAAAGAUUAAAACCCACAAGCUUUGGGGGGAGGGGGACUAAAAAAGCACAUUACAAUGUAUCUUUUUGCAAAUGAGUUUAGCAGUUGUCCUUGGUGAGAUGGAAUAUUGACUGACUUUGCCUUGUAGCCUUAUCCUUGUGGUGCAUCUGUGGUUUGGUAGAAGUACAACAGCAACCUGUCCUUUCUGUGCAUGUUCUGGUCGCAUGUAAAAUGCAAUAAACUCUGGAAACGA